AUGGCUCCUCCAGCUCAAUCUCAGCGAUCUCCUUCUCCUUCUCAACCCUCCGGAAAAGGUGAAGUUUCAGACCUGAAAAUGCAGCUCCGGAGGCUUGCAGGGAGCCAAGCGCCGGGGGCUGAUGAUUCAAAGCGAGAGCUCUUUAAGAAGGUGAUCUCAUACAUGACUAUUGGGAUUGAUGUGUCAUCAGUGUUUAGUGAAAUGGUGAUGUGCUCAGCAACCUCAGACGUUGUUCUCAAGAAAAUGUGUUACUUGUAUGUUGGGAAUUAUGCGAAGUACAAUCCUGAACUCGCACUUUUAACAAUUAAUUUUCUCCUGCGGGACUGUAAAGAUGAAGACCCCAUGAUUCGGGGGCUGGCAUUGAGGAGUUUGUGUUCGCUUCGCGUAGCAAAUCUGGUGGAGUACUUGGUGGAUCCAUUGCGAUUGGGGUUGAAAGAUGGGAAUAGUUACGUCAGGACAGUUGCAGUGGUUGGGGUUUUGAAGCUGUAUCACAUAUCCGUUUCGACUUGUCUUGAUGAGGAUUUUCCUGCAACGCUUAAGCAUUUGAUGCUUAAUGACCAAGAUGCUCAGGUCAGGAUAUUUUCAUCUGUAUGA